AUGCGAGGCGUUACGAUGUUGUUUUUCCAGGUCCUGAUUCUUUGCUUCCAGGCGAAGGCCUGGCACGCGGUAAGAAGAUCGUUUGAGCCCGAACAGUCGACCCCGCUGCAGGAGAAAAGUCAUCUCGUUACAGACUGCAUGCACGUCACAUCCGAGGAGGGCGAGUUCUCCUUCGUCAAGCUGCCCGCGACCCGCUCGACGGCCAAGCACGGCCACUGGUCGAUGGACGGGGACCUGUCGGCAGCGCUCAACGCGGACGCAUCAGCGGAAGGGUCUUUGGCGGAGUCGCCGGACGCGGCCACCGUCUGCGGCAUCUACUUCGUGGCCGAUCCGGACCAGCUGAUCGAGGUGACCAUGCGGCAGGUCAACGUGGACUGCCGUUCUGGCGGGCUGAUGGCGUUCGUCGAUGGUUGGGAGCUUAACGGGCAAUACUUUCCGGGCGAACGGGACCACGAAAAGCCGCUGGCGUUGCGCGUGCAGGAGUUCUGCGCCGAGCGUGGUGACGGAGGGCCGUGGCCGGCGGGAAAACACGCAUCGACACCGGGCGCCUGGGUGUUCCGGUCCAGUCAGAAUGCCGCUCUGGUCCAGUAUCGCAUUCCGACCCGGGGCUCGUUCGUACUCUCGGCACGUUUUCUUCGCAAUCCCAAACCUUGCCACAUCAUGGCGGAAGGGUUAGCACCGUACUACAAGCUUAGAAACUAUGGCCAACGACGCAACUGCACCCUAACUGCGCUCUUUCCAGCCGUCGUCUCCGUCGUGGCGCUGGAAGUCGGAGGAAUCAGCGAGAACGUCCGAUACUGCGAUCGUGUCCGCGUCGAAGACAAGCUAGAGGUUGGCGGCUCACCCGGGCUCGAUCCGGCGUAUCAGGCGGUGCAGUCGAGCACCAUCUGUGGCCGCAGCGGCGGCCGUAUGGACCUAGAGCAGACGAUUCUGUGCGGCACCACCACGGUCCGGCUGGUCUCGAGCGGACGGUACAACAACCAGGCGAUGGUCACGAUGCGCAUGGCGGACGAAUCCGAUCUCCGGUUGGCGACGGCGAUGUGUGAGAUGUAAAUUCCGCACGUGCAUCGCCACGAGUCAGAGCACUGGCUAAAUCUCUUGCUAGAAGAAUGAAAAGAAACCUGAAACAAACAGAAAAACAUCAUAUGGAGACACAAAACAUCUUGAUGGAUCCAAGCUGGGGCUUACUACGCAACAUUAAUGAAGGAAGUCAUAAACUCAACAUACCACGAACGGUGAAUGGAUACGAUGGUGAAACGGAUAAUAAAACGCUAAAUGAAAACAACACUCCCAAAUCCAACCCUGUCCGCACCUAGCUCCCCAAUUCCUGCACAAAACGGACACCACCGAGUAAAUAAAUUAUUGCACAACCAAUCCUCGGCCCAUUGCAGGUGGAGCAUCAAAAUGGAGUGAGUUGAGAAAGCGUGAUCAUGUCCUGCGGAAAACGCAAACGAAACUGCAACCAACCCCCUUCUUCCCGCACUACUUCUGCUUCCCUGUCACAUCAAACGAUACUGAGAAGUAAAAACAUAAAAACAAGAUAAAUAAGAAAACCAAUACAAAAUCAGAUUGCGAGUGCGUUUAGUAUAA